AUGGAGGGCAGUCAUGAAGUGAAGGAGGGAGACGAUGUUGUUAUGGAAGGUUCAACCACUGGAUCUGAGCCGGUUCUUAACAUGGAACCCUUGAAUGAACACAACCCGGUUGGCUCUAGUGUGUUGGAUUCCUCCUCUCUCUUGGAGGAAAAUAAGGUAGAGUUACCAUCUCAAAAAAGGUCUUUCUCUUGCGACUAUUUUAAUCUAUCUUUCUUGGAUUUCCGUGCUUUGGGAGGGAACCAAACUUUGCAUAAGCGUGAGCGUGACCUUGUAAACAAGGAAUUUGAGUUGCGUAGGUAUUAUCAGUUCCCUCCUCCCGCAUACCGUCACUACCCUUACACCCAUCACCUUGAAUAA